AUGAGGCGUUCCCAAGCGGCCGCCGUCCGCCUGGGGGUCGCCGCUGACCUGUGGGUUUUUGUCUGUGUUCCGUUCCUGCAGGGUUCGCUUCUCUCUCCCCGAAGUUUUGAACUACAGUUCCGAUUAGGCCCAACUCUUCAAGGCAAGCCUGUUACCGUGUACACAAAUUAUCCAGCUUCUGGAGAAACAUUUGAUCGCCACAAGUUCAGGACACUCUCCUGGCACAAUCCCACAGGAAAAGAAGAUGAUUCUGACAAAUACUGCAAGCUGGAUCUCCAAAUUUCUGGAUCCUACCAGUACUAUUUCAGUCUUGGAAAUGAAAAAAGUGGUGGAGGUUACAUAGUUGUGGAUCCUAUUUUGCAUGUCGGAGCUGAUAAUCAUGUGUUGCCGUUGGACUGUGUCACGCUCCAGACGUUCCUCGCUAAGUGUCUGGGACCCUUUCAUGAAUGGGAAGAUAGGCUUAAAGUUGCAAAAGAAACAGGUUACAACAUGAUUCAUUUUACACCACUGCAGAAGCUUGGACUGUCUAGAUCAUGUUAUUCGCUGGCUGAUCAGUUAGAAGUAAAUCCUGAAUUUUCAAGCCAUAAUCAAAAGUGCACUUGGAGUGAUAUAGGAGCUCUUGUGGAAAAAAUGAAAAAUGAAUGGAAUAUGCUUUGCAUCACAGAUGUAGUCUACAAUCAUACUGCUACCAACAGUGAAUGGCUCAGGAUGCAUCCAGAAUGUGGCUAUAACCUUAUAAAUUCUCCUCACCUGAAGCCAGCUUGGGUCUUGGAUAGAGCUCUGUGGCAUUUUACCUGUAUGGUGGCUGAUGGAAAGUACACUGCUAAAGGGGUUCCUCCCUUGAUUGAAAAUGACCAUCACCUGAAUUGUAUUCGUAAAAUAAUUUGUGAAGAGAUAUAUCCAAAAAUUAGACUAUGGGAAUUUUUCCAAGUGGAUGUUAACAAAGCUGUGCAGCAAUUUAGAACCCUCCUAACCCAAGGCAAAAUAAGCACUAAAUCUGAUCCAAAUCAACAUCUUCAAAUAGUUCAGGACCCUGAUUAUAGACGAUUUGGCUGUACUGUAGAUAUGAAUAUAGCAUUGGCAACGUUCAUACCACACAGCAAUGGACCAGCUGCAAUAGAAGAAUGUUGUAACUGGUUUCGUAAGAGGAUUGAGGAACUGAAUGCUGAACAACACAGACAAACUAAUCACCAUCAAGAGCAGGCUGUCAAUUGUCUUGUGGGCACUGUGGUUUAUGAACGACUGGCUGGUGAUGGUCCGAAGCUGGGUCCUAUCAGUAGAAAACAUCCCUUAGUUACCAGGUAUUUUACUUACCCAUUCAAGGAGCUGACUGUGGAGGAAGAAGAAACUAUGAUACAUCAGCCAGAUAAAGCUUGUUAUUUCAUGGCUCAUAAUGGCUGGGUUAUGGGAGAUGAUCCUCUUAGAAACUUUGCAGAACCAGGUUCAAAUGUUUACUUGAGAAGAGAGCUUAUUUGUUGGGGAGACAGUGUGAAACUGCGAUACGGUAAUAAACCUGAAGACUGCCCAUACCUCUGGGCACAUAUGAAAAAAUACACUGAAAUCACUGCCAAACAUUUCCAUGGUGUUCGUCUUGACAACUGUCACUCAACUCCAAUUCAUGUAGCUGAGGAGAUGCUAGCAACAGCCAGAUCAGUCAGACCUAAUCUUUAUGUGAUAGCUGAACUCUUCACGGGCAGUGAGUACAUUGACAAUGUUUUUGUCAACCGCCUGGGAAUUACCAGCCUGAUUAGAGAGGCAAUGACUGCUUAUAAUAGCCAUGAAGAGGGAAGGUUAGUUUAUCGUUUUGGAGGUGAACCUGUUGGCUCUUUUGUUCAGCCACGUCUGAGGCCUUUGAUGCCAGCUAUUGCUCAUGCACUCUUUAUGGACAUUACACAUGAUAAUGAAUGUCCAAUUCAGCACCGAUCUGCAUACGAUGCUCUUCCUAGUGCAAUGAUUGUUUCCAUGGCAUGCUGUGCUACAGGAAGCACUAAAGGCUAUGAUGAACUAGUACCACACCAGAUCUCUGUGGUAUCUGAAGAGAGGUUUUAUGCAAAAUGGAAUCCAGGAGCACACCUGACUUCUGGUGAAGUUAAUUUCCAAACAGGAAUUCUAGCAGGAAGGCUGGCCAUAAACAGGCUGCAUCAGGAGCUGGGGGCUAAAGGCUUUAAUCAGGUGUAUGUAGAUCAAGUUGAUGAAGAUAUAGUGGCAGUGACAAGACAUUGUCCUAACACACACCAGUCUGUUGUGGCUGUAAGUCGAACGGCUUUCAGGGAUCCUAAAACUUCCUUCUACAGUAAAGAAGUACCUGAAAUGUGUAUCCCAGGAAAAAUAGAAGAAGUAGUACUUGAGGCUAGGACUAUUGAGAGAAGUGCUAGUCCUUACAGAAAAGAUGAACGUUUUAUAAAUGGAUUGCCUAAUUUCACAAUGGAACUGAGAGAGCAUAUCCAGAUUAAAGACAGUAAAAUUAUAAAGCAAGCUGGAACUGCUAUAAAAGGGCCAAAUGAAUUUGUUCAAGAAAUAGAAUUUGAAAAAUUAACACCAGGAAGUGUAAUAGUAUUCAGAGUUAGUCUUGACCCAAAGGCACAAGAGGCUGUUGGCGUACUCCGCAAUCAUUUGAUCCAGUUCAGCCCUCAUUUUAAAUCUGGAAGUCUUCCUGAUGAUCAUUCAGCACCUAUAUUAAAAACAUUAUUUUCUUCUAUUGCAUCUAAACUAACUUUGGCAGACCUAAAUCAAGUACUGUAUAGGUGUGAGGCAGAAGAACAAGAAGAUGGUGGAGGUUGUUACAAUAUACCAAACUGGUCGUCACUGAAGUAUGCAGGCCUCCAAG